GCGACUUCAUUCCCCGCCAGAAGUUCACUCCGCGUGAGUGGAGAGGGAAGCGCCGGAGGCGGCGCGGUCGGCCGGCCCCGCUACCGUGCGCGUCUUCUCGGCUGGUCCGCGGGUCAGGCAGGAAGGCGCCGGCGAAGAUGCUCGAGGUCCUGGUGCUGAAGAUUGAAGAUCCAGGAUGCUUCUGGGUUAUUAUGAAAGGAUACAGUCCCUUUUUAGAUCAUGAAAUGGACUAUCAAAAACUAAAUAGUGCCAUGAAUGACUUCUAUAGCAGCAAGUAUCAGGAUAUAAAAAUAAAACCAUUGAUGUUGGAAGAAGGGCAGGUUUGCGUGGUUUAUUGUCAGGAGCUGAAGUGCUGGUGCAGGGCUGUUAUUAAGUCAAUCAUGUCUUCGGCCGACCACUAUCUGGCAGAAUGUUUCCUUGUUGAUUUUGCCAAGUACAUCCCAGUAAAAUCUAAAAACAUCCGGGUUGCCGUGGAAGCUUUUAUGCAGCUCCCCUAUAGAGCGAAAAAAUUUGGACUGUACUGCACAAGACCAGUUACGCUGCACGUUGACAUCUGUGAAGACAGCGCCGGGAUUGUGCCCGCCAAGAAGUGGGACAGUGCUGCUAUUCAGUACUUUCAGAACAUUCUAAAAGCUACUACCCAUGUGGAAGCCAAAUUAUGUGCUGUGGAAGAAGACACUUUUGAGGUUUACCUUUAUGUAACUCUAAAAAACGAGAAAGUUUGUGUUAAUGACGAUCUGGUUGCAAAGAACUUCGCUUGUUAUGUGUCACCCACGGAAAAUAAAAUCCUUGAUUCUUUAGAGAAAGCAAGAUUGAACAUGAAGUCGGCAUCCUUCUCUAGUAAACUCAAUCCUGCACUUACUCUUUGGCCAAUGUUUUUGCAAGGAAAAGCUUCUCAAGGGAUAAAAAGUAAAGCCGUAAAAUGUAAUAUGGAUUCAUCGAGAGAUUCACCUAAAAAGAAAGUUGAAAAGAAACAGCAGUGCGUCUCUUUAAAAGGUGUAAAAAAGUAUGUUGAAUCGUCUGCAUACUGGCCAACAAAAAGAGGCAUAACCAUUUAUGCUGAUCCCGUUACACCAGCAGCAAGCGUUUUAUGUCAGAAGCCAAAUGAGAAACCACUGAGAUUGGCUGAGAAGAAAGAAUAUGAUGAGAAGAAUGGCUGUGUGAAAUUACUGCAGUUUUUAAAUCCUGAUCCUUUGAGAGCUGAUGGAAUCUCUGAUCUACAGCAGUUGCAGAAGUUGAAGUCAGGUUUGCAGCAGCCCUUUGUGGUGCUCCGAAACAAGAUUGAGCCCUGUUUAACCAUUGAGAUGUCUCCACUUUCAGCAGACCUGAAAAAGGCUCUUCAAAGAAAUAAGUUUCCGGGACCUAGUCACACUGAAUCUUACUCUUGGCCUCCCAUAGCACGUGGCUGUGAUGUGGUUGUCAUUUCUCACUGUGGGAAUGACCCUCUGUUGUACCUUCCACCAGUGCUUACGAUUUUGCAAACAGGGGGCUGCUAUAAGUCAUUACCAAGUAGAAACGGACCUCUCGCAGUCAUCGUGUGCCCUGGGUGGAAAAAGGCUCAAUUUAUUUUCGAAUUAUUGGGAGACUAUAGCAUGUCCUCUAGGCCUCUUCAUCCUGUGUUGUUAACAAUUGGACUCCACAAAGAUGAAGCCAAAAACGUGAAGCUUCCCAGAGGGUGUGAUGUGAUUGUCACAACACCACGGAGCCUUGUGAGGCUUCUGAGAUACCAAAGUCUGCUCUUCCUCAGACUCUGUCACCUGGUUUUGGAUGAGGCGGAAGUAUUAUUCCUUGAAGCUAAUGAGCAAAUGUUUGCUAUAUUAGAUAACUUUAAAAAAAAUACAGAGGCUGAAGAAAGGGAAUCAGCACCACGUCAGAUUGUCGCAAUUGGGGUUCAUUGGAACAAACAUAUAGAGCAUUUAAUCAGAGAAUUCAUGUGUGACCCCUGCGUGGUGAUCACAGCCAUGGAAGAGGCUGCACUCUAUGGCAGUGUCCAGCAGGUAGUGCAUCUUUGCCUAGAAAGUGAAAAAACCUCUACUUUGCUCCAGGCUCUUGACUUCGUUCCCAGUCAGGUGCAGAAGACUCUGAUCUUCACCUGCUCUGUAGUUGAGACAGAAACAGUGUGUAAGGUAGUAGAAAGCAGUUCAAUGUUUUGCUUGAAAAUGCAUAAAGAAAUGGUUUUUAAUUUAAAAAGUGUUGUAGAACAGUGGAAGAAGUUAAGUUCUGGCUCUCACAUUGUAUUAGCUCUGACCGAUGACUGCUCACCACUCUUGGCCAUCACUGAUGCCACGUGUGUGAUUCACUUCAGCUUCCCUUCCUCACCAAAAAUUUUUGGUGGACGCCUAUAUUGCAUGUCUGAUCAUUUUCACAGUUUAGCAGAACAGGGUUCUCCUGCAGAACAGGGAGAUAAGAAAACCAAAUCUGUCUUGCUGCUGACGGAGAGAAACGCGUGCCACGCAGUGGGGGUCCUGCGCUACUUGGAGCGUGCAGAUGCCAAAAUCCCGUCGGAGCUGUACGAGUUUGCUGCAGGCGUUCUGGAAGCCAAAGAAGAAAAAAAAGCCAGGAGGCCUCUUUGUCCCUAUCUUAAGGCUUUCGGUUUUUGCAAAGACAAAAGGAUCUGUCUUGAUCGACACUAUACUAAUCCAGAAACAGACAUGCCGAGGAGAUUAUCUAACCAAGCUCUACCAAUGUUUGGAUAUGUUAAAAUGAUACCUUUUUAUAUUUCGAAUGCAACAAACUACUUUGGUCGUAUAAUUGAUAAACAUGUGGAUCUUUACGAAACUCUUCAUGCUGAAAUGACUGAAUAUUUUAAGGAUUCUAGUAAUAAAACAAUUGUUGAAAAGGUGGAGAAGUUUGCAUUAUACGGAUUAGCAGAAAAAACACUUUUCCACAGGGUUCAGGUGUUGGAGAUGAGCCAGAAAGAAGACACUUGGACCCUGGAUAAUGUCCUUGUGAAGUUCAUAGAUGAAGGCAGGACUGGACUUGUUACAAGAGACCAACUGCUUCACCUCCCAGAUAGUUUCCACACUCUUCCCCCACAAGCUGUGGAGUUUAUUGUUUGCAGAGUGAAACCUGCUGACGAUGAAAUGGAAUGGAAUCCAAAGGUUACUAGGUACAUUCAUCAUAAAAUCAUUGGAAAAUUGCAUGAUGCAAAGGUGAUACUGGCUUUGGGAAAUACCAUUUGGAUUGAUCCCAUGGUGCACAUCACAAAACUUGCAAAUUUGAAAACUUCUGUCAUCGACUAUAAUGUUCGAGCUGAGAUUUUGUCAACUGGAAUGGGCACUGAUAAUUCGGAACACAUAGAACAACUGAAAAAAUUAUAUGAAGGAGCUAAAAUGCCAGCUUUUGAAGAAACCCUGAACCCUCCAUCAGUGGAAGAUGCUGCUGGUCUGAAGAACACAGGGAAAGAGGACGGGGGUUCAGAGAGAGGUGCUGAUUCUCAGACGAACUCAGAAAACCCAAAGCACGAGGUUUUAUCUAAAAACAUUGGAGACACUUCCAUUAACAGAACUACGCAGCCGGAUCUGAAAAGUUUUCACCCACAGAUAAAAUGGUUUCAGAAGGACGAUGUGAUCAUCUUAAAGAUAAAAAUAAGGAACGUAAAAGAUUACCAGUGUAAAUAUUUUCAAGAUAGAGUCAUUUUCUGUGCCUGGGUAGGAGACAAAUUGUACCAGGCUGAUAUGGAGCUUCAGGCAGACAUAACAAUAGACGACUGCAGAUGUGUGAUUCAAAAUGAGGAGCCUGUCAUCACUCUUGCGAAAGCGAGAAGGGAACGUUGGUGCCGCUUACUCAAGCGGAAGAAUCCGAAUGUGGCUUUUGAUUUUGAUCACUGGGAAGAAUGUGAAGAGGACAGCCACUUCUCCAAGGUUGUAAAUUCUAAAAGCCCAUCCUGCAAAGUGGCAAAAGUCGUUGAAAACAGUGACACCACUUCAGAGGAUGACAAAAGCGAGAGUGAGUGAGAUCAUGAAGUAAACCCUGAAGCGUGGCCAGAAGACUUUGAACAAACCGGACAUUGCUGUGCGACUGAAGGUUAAGAAAAAAAGCAGUAACGCCCCCCACCUGAUUUCACCUGAAGGAUCAGUUAUUACCAUCAGCUUGUGGUAGUGGGGUUUGUAAUGGUGAAAAAUUCUGCGUCAAUUUAAAGCUGAGCUGAUGAUGAGAAGGCUGUCCACAGAGGGCCCGAGCAGCGCAGCAGACAGUGCUGGUCACACGCCCAGGGUAUCCGUCUGUUCUCCUCAUUGCCUCUGACAGGAAGCUAGCUCAUCCUGACACGUUCAAGUUUGAGUGAUAAAGAGCAAACCAUGACAUCUAGGUAAUGAAAUGGAGUUAGUUCACUAGUGAUUGUUUUUUUCACGUAGACUUAACGUUUAGUACAUUUCUUAAAAGCCUGGUCUUACAGAUUCAUACUCAGCUCUGUAACAGACCCUUUAGCCAUGAGUUAGUUGGGAUUAGACAUGACUGCCUACGUGUACCAACAGUCGGUAUUCCUGAGAUAGCGAUAGGUCCUAUGUGUAAGUUUACUUCUGAUGAAGAGAGAGUCCAAGGAUAAAAACGGGAUUGUCUCAGCAAUACCUGCAAGACCAGGGACCUUGUGGAGAUAAAGCUACUGCUCCUGAGUAAACCUCUGGACCUGCAGAGUCCUGGGCAAACAGGACAAGGGUUUCUCUUUAGGGGAAACUUAAGAAGGACCUGUGGGGUGCCUGGAGGAAGCGCUCGGUAUGCCUGGAAAUGAUACCCUAAAAGCAUGCCUGGCCCCGCCUGAGGGGGAGGGCUUGGCCCCCACGUGGUGAAAUGAUAUGUGAGGAGUGUGUAGCCAUUACCACUGCAAUGUAAGAAUACCCAGAGGCUGACUUUUCAUGUUUGUUAACUGAAAAGUUAGGAAGGUGACCUACUGGGAAAUGUAGAACCCUGUUUAUAGAGCAUGGCCUUUGAGUGACUGUCCCGAGACCUUUAUUCUUGAAGUUUACAUCAGAAAGCACAGGUGACCGUGGUUACAUACAUCCCAGGUAUAAGCCACCGCUUGAAGCAGAGGUACAGUCUGCCGUGGAGCUGUUCUGUCAGCAGCCCUGGAUCAUCCCUGGGUCUCAGUUUCCUCAUCUGUAAAACAGGACAUCCAGCUCGUGGCCUGGCCUCACCUCACCUCACCGCCGGGAGUGCCCGCCGCGUGCUGCUGGUCGGCUCGUUUUUUCUGCACGGUGGCUGUGAUGGGUGGUCACAGCACUGCCCUCCAAGGGGAGGAUGUGGUGUCCUGCUGCCAGGAGCGUGUCCUUCCUGCAGCUGUGACUUUCACAGGUUGGCUGGCAGGUAUCAAGUUGGCCCACAAAGUAAGUUGGUGAUUUUCCUUUUUCUUGGCCACGUUGGCCUGGCUCUUCAGGAAGCAGAAGAUUCUGGUGUCUUUAUUGGUAAAGGUUUUUACUCUGCAGACUCUUCUGAUGUCCUUACCAGCUGUCCGUUUCUACAGACAGAGCCUUUUUCCUGACGGUGGAGAUCGCUGGGUUGGCGAUGAGUCCUCGCUAGGCGUGUGGGCUUUCCUGACUCAGGCCUUAGCUACCUGUUUAUGCCCUGUGUGUUUGGUCGCUUGUAAAAGGGAGCAAGUAACCAGAGCAAGUAAGAGAGCUGCACAGGUAUUUGUACCCCACACAGGAAUGGCGAGUGGUCCAGCUUACAGAGAAGUGGUGAUGACACUUCUCUCAGGGAGCUACCAAAGAGCUGAGAGAAAAUACUGCAGGAGGGGCAUUAUGUUUAACUCUGUUGGUUCUUUCAGACAUGUUAAAUUUACUAAUAUUUCAAGUUCUUACUGACACUUUGUAGGACGUAAGACGAAGACUUAUGAAGGGUAACCACUAAGUAAUUGGUUUUCUGUUCUGCUGUUAGUACACUGGUUUCGUGUUCGGGGUGAAUUUCUAAAACGCAAGGGGAAGUACUUCUGGCACCGUGCUCCUCAGAUCGUUUGUGUACUUUGUCAGUUGUAGUGCGAAUCUCCUUUGGGGAACGUCAUCAAUAAAGUUUCAGUUGUUUUCACAGAAAUGUUUGCUUUGACAUUUUUUAAAACAUCAUUUUCCCUGAGUGCCAGAUACAAAAUACAAUUUUAUUCGCCACACUGUGUUCGACAGCAGUGGGUUUUUAAUGGGUUAUGUUUUGGCCACAGUGCCAGUGGGGCUUGUUGGGGAGCCUGUGACGCGGACCACCGACAAAGGUGAUGACACUGGGCACACAGGCCAAGAGUCUGAAGUCACUAAGACAGCAUUUUGGUUAAAAUGCAGAGUGUUCAUUUUUUUCAUUUCCUUAAUUUCAACUUCUUACCAGUUUUAUUUUUUAGAGAGGAGCUUGGCUAAAUUUUCUACUAAUGAGAACUGAGACAUAUUUUGUACUAGGUUCUAACAGUAUGAUCAAAUCCAAGUUCAUUUUCAGAGGCAUGGGAAGACAUGCUUUUUCCUUGUCCUGAUGUCUUUCCGGAAACCCUGGUGGUGCAGUGGU